AUGCAUUCGUUCUACGGCUCGGAUGCUGCUACCAAAGAUUUGCCCACAACUGAGCAGCUACAACAGGGGUGCCCGUCUGGCGAGAAUCCCAAUGAUCUCUCUGUAUACUGGGCUCCUACACUCUAUUACGUGAAUGAAAACAACUACACAGAGAUCUUACCUGCCACCUUCAAGACAUAUUAUGAAAAUAUCGACAAAGCCGAGAUCCCAUUUCCCCCAAACUUCUACGCUAUUGCUGGCAACGCUUCCGCCAAAAGCCAAGCCGACAUUGACGAGAGUAUUACAGCUAUUACAUGGUGGUGUGAUGCUGGUCCCGAAGACCGGAAUACUAGGCCUCGAGCAGCAUUCCCGCGGGUAACAUGCAGCGCGCAUAUGCAAGCGAUUCUUCGUUUUCCAGACUGCGUUGAUCUGGAUCAUCUUACAAACCAUACAUAUGCUGCCGCACAUGGUGGUGCAUGCCCGUCAGGAAUGAAGCGAAUGCCUUCUCUGCGGUUUUCAAUUCGAUAUGAUACUCAGAUUGGCGAUGGGUAUUGUUUCCAUGGAGACUUCAUUAAUGGCUGGUUUGAUGAUGCCGCAAAAACCAUGCUGCAAGCAAAAGGUCAAAGUUUUAUGAAAAUCGAUGGAGCACACGGGAAUGGAAAACAAUAUAGCGCUUGCAAAGCACAGGAUAGAGAUCCGAAUAAUGGUACAAGCGAUUAUAUCGAAAGUCUGGCCAUGAUGGGUAUGUCUUGA